CAGUAAUAAAAUUCUCUUCAGUAAUAAGACACAACGGUUGACUGGCGUUUACACCCGAGUUUCGGGUUCUAAAAUUAAUAAAAAGACUUUUUAGAAGAAAAAAAAUGUGCAAUACGUUUUUUUUGGGAGGAUUAUUGAUAGCUGCAGUGUCAUCAGCAUCAGUUGAAGACAGCUAUUCAAUUACAGAUGGUAUAAAAAUAAUUAACCGAAUGGAAUGGGGUGGAGACCCACCAAUCAAUCAAACAACUCCACUAUCAGUCGUUCCACCCCCGUACGUGAUAAUAAGUCACACAGCAGGUGAACUCUGCUCCACCCAAGCCAAGUGCUCCCAGGGUGUUCGUGCGAUUCAAACAAUGCACACUGCGAUUUUCAAAUGGAAUGACAUUGCAUACAACUUCCUGGUGGGUGGCGACGGAAACAUCUACGAGGGACGUGGCUGGGAAAUUGAAGGAGCCCAUACAUACAAUUACAACAAGAAGAGCAUAGGGAUAAGUUUCAUCGGAACUUUCAACGCGCUAGCCCCCAGUGACCAACAACUGACAGCUGCCAAGAAUCUACUCGAGGUAGGUGUGAAUAUGGGAAAACUAGCGGAGUAUUAUAAACUACUGGGUCACCGACAACUCUCUGAAACCCUAAGUCCAGGAGAUGAGCUCUACAAAAUUAUCCAGACGUGGCCACAUUGGAGUGAGGGACCUUGAUCGUGCUAAUCAAAUAAUUCAAUUAAAAAUGUGAUUGCAUGAUGAUGCGUGAUGAUAAAUUCUAUUGCGCGUAAUGAUAUUAUUAUAGAAUGCACAAUCGUUAUGUGGUACGUGCUUGCCAAUAAAUUUUUUUUUGUUAUCGA